AUGCCUAGGGGAAAUGAGGAAGGCACGGGCCAACGCAGUGCGGAACGCCCUCGAAUUGAGAGAGGCUCUGAAGAAGUGGAACAGACCAAUGAUGAAGUGACACGAGCGGCUGAACUGCAAACACAGCGGCAGCAAAAAUGGACCCUAACCAGUACGGUGAAAGACGUGCUGCUGGAGGGAGUAGAUAUUACAGAACAAAUGACGCUAAACGACUUCAUCAGGAAAUACGUUGAUCCCGAUUUUGUGCCCGAAGGCCGCAAUGCAAUGAUGGAGGUGUUUGCUCGUAGGCCUGAGAGGUACGUCACGGACCCGGAGGUUCGCGAGGACAUUCUUAAUUCACAAGCGUAUCAGCUCCUGGAGGACGCACGCAAGCUUGCGGUCCAAGGCGUGUCUUCUCUCGCUCAAUGGAAGGAAUUUCCACAGAAGGAGACGGUUACUCUUCUUGCAAAGGGAAAGCUCGACGCAGCCCUUGCCGCGGCGGAGAAGGCAGAAAGUGCAACUCGGAUACAAGCAGUUGGCAUGCUGCCGGUACCGAAUGGAUUCUACGACUCUGUGCUCAACGCGAAGUGCAGUCACGUCUUGGAGUUUCACGAAGGCGAAGGACGCUACAGACGGGUGCGCAUGGAGGUGAGGGCGGGUCAGGCACCCCAAGAGCUGUGGGAGUACAGGCAGGAUGACUUAACUUUUCUGCCGGUGGAAGAUGCGGGGCAGUUUGUUCCGCCGCGUCCCCGGCUGGUGAUACUCACCUCGGAGCAGAAGUGGCCGUACUCGCUGCGGGAGGAGCCUCUUGCCGACUGCUACGUUACCCGUGAGGUGCAUCGGGUGUGGCGGAUCGUCGAAAGAGAUCUAAACGAAUGGUUCACCGCCCGCGAAGGGGAAUUGCAGGGGCCGAUGCGGCGUGUUUUGAUUGGGACGCCCGGCAUCGGUAAGUCGAUGAACGUUGGCUCCUACCUUCUUUACCAAAUGCUCCGCUACGGCGAUAGUCAACUCCACGUCGUCGUCUACUCCUUUGGAAGAAACUCGGCGUACGUGUUCGACAGGGCGACGAAAAAAGUGACAGGCUAUAAGGGAGCGGGCAAUGUGUGA